AAGAAAGCAAGAUCAUUCUUCUACAAUACGACUGAAAAUGAAUGCUAAGUUCCUUCUCUGCGUCCUCGUCAUUGCCAUGUGCUCAAUUGUUCAAGAAGCUUCUGCUCAAUAUUAUGGAUAUGUUUCAUCUUAUUAUCCAUCAUACUAUGCAGGAUAUGGAUACGGAGCAUAUGGAACUUAUGGAGGAUAUGGACUUGGAUCUGCAUAUGCUGGAUAUUACGGAAAGAGAGAAGCUGGAUUUGGACCUACUCAGAACUAAACUGAAUAUUUUUUGAAUGUGUACGAACGAUCUGAAAUGAAUGAUUUUGAUUCUGUAA